AAGUGCGUGUGUUUUUUUUUUUUGGUGUUCGAUUGGAAAAAGAGUGUGUGUCUUUUUCUAUCUACAAAAAAUCUUCUGGGAAGUUUUUUGUUUAACUUAAGACGGAGGAAGUUCUAAGUGCGGCCAAAAAAAUCAUGCCACUCUUUGGUAAAUCGCAAAAAAGUCCAGCUGAAUUGGUAAAGGCUUUAAAAGAAGCUGUCAAUUCACUGGAACGUGGUGACAAGAAGGCCGAAAAGGCACAAGAAGAUGUCAGCAAAAAUCUGGUGUUAAUAAAAAACAUGUUAUAUGGUACGUCAGACGCGGAACCACAGACGGAGUAUGUCGUAGCGCAACUAUCACAAGAACUAUAUAAUAGUAAUCUACUACUGUUACUAAUACAGAACCUAAAUCGGAUCGAUUUCGAAGGUAAAAAGGAUGUAGCUCAGGUAUUUAAUAAUGUCCUGCGACGUCAAAUUGGCACACGAUCACCAACAGUUGAAUACAUUUGCACGAAACCGGAAAUUCUAUUCACACUCAUGGCUGGCUAUGAGCACCAAGAAAUUGCCCUAAAUUGUGGAACAAUGCUCAGGGAAUGCGCUCGUUAUGAGGCACUUGCCAAAAUCAUGUUGCACUCAGAUGAGUUUUUCAAUUUCUUUCGUUAUGUAGAAGUAUCAACGUUCGAUAUAGCGUCAGAUGCUUUUUCAACAUUUAAGGAACUGCUUACACGUCACAAAAUUUUGUGCGCUGAAUUCCUUGAAGCGAACUACGACAAGGUCUUUACACAUUACCAACGAUUAUUAAAUUCAGAAAACUAUGUUACGAGGAGGCAGAGCCUGAAACUGCUAGGAGAAUUGUUGCUAGACAGACAUAACUUCACUGUAAUGACAAAAUAUAUAUCCAAUCCGGAUAAUCUGAAACUUAUGAUGAAUAUGCUGAAAGAAAAAUCAAGAAAUAUUCAAUUUGAAGCCUUCCAUGUGUUUAAAGUAUUUGUUGCAAAUCCAAACAAACCCAAACCUAUAUUGGAUAUUCUUUUGCGGAACCAGGCAAAACUUGUUGAUUUCCUUACGAAAUUCCAUACAGACCGAUCGGAAGAUGAACAAUUCAACGACGAGAAAGCGUAUCUAAUUAAGCAAAUAAAAGAGCUUAAACCACUUCCUGAACCUUAGUGAUAUAUUCAUAUUAUAUAAUUAUUAUAUUAUUAUUAUACUUAAAUUAAAGAAAAGAAAAACAAAAAAACAAUAACAAACGCAAAACCACAACAACAAAAAACAUUUAAAAAAAACAAUAAAUUCUGAUGAUGACUUCAUGAUUUUGAAAAAAAUCAUUUAAAAAAGGCUAAACAAAAAG